AUGGCCGCAACACCGUCCGGCUCACGCGCCGCCCACGCACGCGCCAUCCUCGGCGCCGCCCUCCACGACCGUCUCCCGCACACCCACGUCCUCCUCGUCGGCGCAGGCGGCAUCGGCUGCGAACUCCUGAAAAACAUCGUGCUCGCCGGCUUCGGCCACAUCACCCUGCUCGACCUCGACACGAUCGACCUCUCCAACCUCAACCGCCAGUUCCUCUUCAGGAAAAAAGACGUAAAGCAGAGCAAGGCCCUCGUCGCCGCCCGCACCGCCUCCGCGUUCAACCCCUCCGUACACAUCACCCCCGUCCACGCCAAUAUCAAAGACCCGCAGUUCGACCUCCCCUGGUUCAAGUCCUUCGACAUCGUCCUCAACGCGCUCGACAACCUCGACGCGCGCAGGCACGUGAACAGGAUGUGCAUGGCCGGCGCCAUCCCGCUCGUCGAGUCCGGCACCGCGGGCUACCUCGGCCAGGUCCAGCCCCUCCUCAAGGACCGCACAGAGUGCUUCGACUGCAUCCCAAAGCCGACGCCCAAGACGUUCCCGGUGUGCACCAUCCGCUCGACCCCAUCCCAGCCCAUCCACUGCAUCGUCUGGGCAAAGAGCUACCUCAUGGGGUCACUGUUCGGCGAAGACGAGGACGCGACGGGCGAGCUCGACGACGCGGAGAAGCAAGGCGAGAACGCCCAAGAAAUCGCGACGCUCCGCCGGGAAGCGAGCGCGUUCCAGUCUGUGCGCGCCGCGCUGCGCUCCGCCUCGAUCGGGAGCGGAAAAGACGCCGCGCGCAUCGCGUUCCAGAAGGUGUUCGACGCCGACAUCCGGAACCUGCUCUCGAUGGAGGACAUGUGGCGCUACCGCGCGAAGCCCGUCCCGCUCGACUUUGACGCGCUCGCCGCGGGCACGUUCGUCCUCCGCGACGAUCCCGCCGCCACCACGGGCAACGGCAACGGCAAUAGCAACGGCAAUGGCCAGGCGAAGGGCGCGGGCGGGGCGGGCGGGCUGAAGGACCAGCGCGCGCUGUCGCUGCGGGAUAAUUGGGAGCUGUUCGUCGCGAGCACGGAGCGGCUGGCGGCGCGGCUGCGGGCGGGCGAGGAGACGAUCGCGUUCGACAAGGACGACGACGAGACGCUCGACUUCGUGACGGCAGCCGCGAACCUGCGCUCGGCCGCGUACGGGAUCGCGCCGCAGAGCCGCUGGGAGGUCAAAGAGAUGGCGGGGAACAUCAUCCCGGCGAUCGCGACGACGAACGCGGUCGUCGCGGGGCUGAUCGUGCUGCAGGCGCUGCACCUCCUCCGCGGCGCGGGCGGCGGGCACGACGCGCUGCGCAACGUGCACCUACAGUUCAAGCCCGCGGUGCCGCUGAGCGCAGUGACGCUCUCCUCGCCGAGCGCGCGCUGCGGCGUGUGCCGCGACGCGUACGCGGUGGUGCGGUGCGACCCCGCGCGCGCGACGCUGCGCGCGGUCGUCGACGGCGUGCUGGGCUACGGCGCGAUGGAGGACGGCGCGAUGGAGGACGGGGAGGCGCGGCGGGAGGUGAGCACGUACGAAGAGAAGCGGCUGCUGAGCGACCCCGACUUUGAGGACAACCUCGAUCGGACGUUGGAGAGCCUUGGCGUGACGCGCGGGAAGUUCCUGAGCGUCGUGGACGAGGACGGCGCGCGCGAGACGGUCACGCUCGCCAUCGCGGCCCUCCCGCCGGACCACCCCGCGGACGGGCCCGCGCUCAUCCUGCCCUCCCCCCUCCCGAACCCAGCGCCCAAACCCAAGCUCCCAGACGUGCGCGCGUCUCCGUCCCCGCCGCCCGCGCGCGCGCGCGCUCCGUCCACGCCUCCUCCACCGCGCAAGCGCGCGGCGCCGGACGACGCAGACGCGGAACCGGGCACAGGCGAGCGCGCUGCGAAGCGGGCGCGGCGGGCGGACGGCGGGGGCCACGGUUUGUAUACGCCGAGCAAGCAGCGGAGGUUGGAGGACGACGGGCUGGUUAUACUGGAGAGCGGGGGCGGGGCGCCGGACGACGUGAUCGAGAUCGAUUGAGGCGCGGCGGGUCGUCGGGUUGGCGGGCGGGUUGGCGGGCGGGUUGGCGGAGGUGGAGGUGGAGGUGGAGGUGCGGCGUCGGCACGGGUGGUGUGUAUUCAUCGUGCGCCAGUGUGGGCGCGCGGACGGCGGCGCGGCGGCGCGUGUAGAGUUUUUUUUAUGACAUCGAUAUCUUUGAGGACGCGCCGAUAUGCGCGUGGUCUGCGUAUAGUAUUGAUAUUGGGAUUUCCCUCUGGGACGCAGAGCUGCAGGCUUGUCGCAUGCU